GAUCAUCUUCAAAAUGAAGAUUUUGGAUUAAUCUUUAGGGUAAACAGUCAUAACUAAACAAUGAAGUUGGUCCAAGAUCGGUGGGCUCAUCACAGCAUGGAGAUGAAUGAAAUCCUUAAUUAUAACUCCGACCUGGUAACACAUGGUACUUCACCACGAAGGCAAAAGAGAAAGCCUACAUUAAUCACCAGCAAAUGUGGAGAAAACUCGUCUCCAUUUUUCGUAACCUGUUCCAUUGCUAUAGCUAUGGGGAUCCAUUUCAUCAUAAUGGUAAUGAUAUGCGGUGCCAUAAUCAUAUAUUCAUUAUUCAACAAGGAAGCUCCAAUUUCUUUGCAAGAAAGUUAUUGUGGUCCGUGUCCUAAAAACUGGAUAUGUUAUAGAAAGAGCUGUUACCAAUUUUUUAAUGAGAGUAAAAGCUGGUAUCAGAGCCAAGCUUCUUGUAGGUCUCAAAAUUCCAGUCUUCUGAAGAUAUACAGCAGAGAGGACCAGGAUUUCUUUAAAUUGGUAAAAUCAUAUCAUUGGAUGGGACUAAUACAAAUUCCAACAAAUGGAUCCUGGCAGUGGGAAGAUGGCACCAUUCUCUUGCCCAAUCAACUAACAAUGGUUGAAAUGCAGAAUGGAACCUGUGCAGUUUAUGGAUCAAGUUUUAAAGGUUACACUGAAAACUGUCUAACUCCAAACACAUACAUCUGCAUGCAGAGGAUUGUAUAAAAGCUUAUGACUUAUAAAAUAUAAAGGAUUAAAAAAACAGAAGCCAUUUUUGGGGUGCCUGAGUGGCUCAGUCGGUUAAGCGUCUGCCUUCAGUUCAAGUUGUGAUCCCAAGUCUUGGAAUCAAGCCGAUGGGGCUCCCUGCUCAGCUAGAAGUCUGCUUCUCCCUCUGUCCCACCCCUGCUCAUGCUCUCUCCCUCAUUCUAAUUUCUCUCAA